ACUAGAAAGGAGCAAGCUCGCAACGCGCCCGCAAUAACGCCCUCCACACGCAGCCCCAGGGGACGACAGUCAUCGUAGCGGCAGCCCUGGGCGCCCAGCGCACGCAGGGACGAGAUGGUCCACCGUUGAGCCCCCCCCAACAACCACAACUAGGCAAGGGCAGCCAUGGCCGACGAGGGCCUCGCCACGAAGCUCGCGACCGCAGAACGGGUGGAAGUCCAGGGCGACCGACGGGGUAACAUCGUCCCGGGCAAGAAGCGCGCCGUCACUCUUGGGGAGCUCAUCGACGACAUCCGGAACGAGUCGGACCUGGAAUGUAACAUGCCAUCACGACUGAGGCAGAUGGCCGACGACCAGUUAGCGAUAUAUAUCAAUUUCCUGGAAAAAAGAAUUCUAGAUAAGAAAUUGACAAAUCAAAUGCGCGCGGGCAUCAAGGAGAUCCUCGACGAAGCCCAGGUCUACAGAAGGGAAAGAAAACUGAAAGAGAAGGACUACGCGCACCUCGAGCAGACCUACUACGCGCGCAUUGCUGCUGAAGAGAGAGCUGCCGAGAAGGAGGCCAUCGCCAAACAAGAAGUUGUGGACAAAGUGCGAACACAUCUGGAAAAAACACAGCGGCACGAGGUGGAGGAGCGGGAGGCCUGGAAGAAGCGGUGCUAUAAAAGGACCAUGCCGCGACGACUUCGUAGAAGUGUCAAACGUCGUAAUAGAUUGUGGCGGUACUGUGUGGGGAUCGCCGUGGUGGGCUCCUUUGGCAUCGUAGCUAAUGUAUUGUCGAACGCUGCCUUAACGGCGGCGCCGUUUUUUCACCUGGCCGUGUUCUUCUACGUGUGCGCUUUGUUCCUUUGGUUGUAUGCGCUCUUCUAUGUCGGACCGCGUUCCGUAAGGCCGUGGGAGGCGUCACCGGGUUUUAUGUCUCCGGCGAAGAUCGACAACGAAGUCCGCGUGCGCGCCGACGACCGCAUCACGAAGUGGUCGAACUAUCAACGGCAAUUGGAAACCGAGGCGCGCAUAAAGGAGCAGGACGAGCGCUACGCGAAGCGGCAGGCUCGCCGCGCCGAGCGCGCGCGCCAAAACGACGUGGCCCAGGGCGACCGGGCGGUUCGUGCCGUGAUUCAAUUGCAGAAGGACGAGGGCGAGCGGCCCGGCACGGCCGAGACGCGGCCGUCGACGGCCGAGACCUACACGACGACCGACGCGUCUGAUACGGACCUCGAGGCGUCGCGGCCCUCGACCGCCGCGUCAUCGUCACGUCCGUCGUCGCGGCCGUCGUCGCGGCCGUCGACGGCCGUGGAGUCGUCUCGACCGCCGACGGCGGGCGAGUCGUCGCGUCCUUCGACGGCCGUCGCAUCCGAAACAGCGGCGCCGUCGCGGCCCUUGACCGCGGCCGACCCGCCCCCCGAAUCUCCGGCUCGGGCGUCCGCGGAGGACCUCGAGGCCGGUAAGGAGCCCGCAGCUGAGCCCGCGGGGGAGAAGAAGGUUUCGACGCUGUUCGGAGCCGUCACGUUCAAAUCCUAAGUUACUGUGUUAG